CGUUCCAUGGUUGGACACUGCAGUGUUGCAAGAAGGAGGAUUCCUCAGUUGACACACACACCUACAUCUUUGUCAUGGGUUUGAGUGUGUCGUAAGGGCCUGAGCGAGGCUGAUUGUCCCGUUUGCGUUAUCUGUGGAGCGAAGGUCACCGAUAAGAAUAGGCAGCGAGGCGGCGCAGCCACAGCGAGCUCACUUUCAACCCGCAGCGCCAACUGCCGCAAGGACACCUACGCCCCAACCGCAACGAUGGCUGCCUCGAACAGCAACACCCGCCUUGUCGCUCUGGUCGACGCCGGCGACGCAGAAGGACUACGGGCCGCCCUCGCCGCCCUCUGCACUGACGCCCGCGCCAAGUUCUUCGAUG